AUGGAGCCUCUCGCCGAAAACGUCAACAAUUUGACGGCCUUCUCCGUGGAGGACAUCCUGGACCCCCGGAAGUUCACCGGGACCGCCACAGCGGCUGCGCGAGAAGCCGGCAGAGAGAAAGAACACCCGGCGGCAGGCGGCGCUCGCGGACCGUCGCCGUCGCCGUCGCGCCGGCCCAAGAAGCGCGCGCGCACGGCCUUCGCGCCGGCCCAGCUUGAAAUUCUGGAGCUGAGCUUCCGCCGCUGUCGCUACUUGAGCCUCGCCGAGCGCCACGCCCUCGCCGGCGCGCUGCGCCUGAGCCACGCGCAGGUCAAGAUCUGGUUCCAGAACCGACGCACCAAGUGGAGGAAGGAGGAGGGCCCGCGGGCCGAGGAGCGCCACGCACCCGAGGUCGUCGUCCUCGCUCGCCUGCACGCAGCUCCGCCCCCUCGCUGCGCAGACGACACGCCCUCUUUGUUACUGCUGACAUCGUCAUCAACUGAGAAACUCGUGCGGCGGCGUGGGAUCCACGUGACCAUCGUAAACUGA